AAAAGAGAAAAAGAAGGGACAAAAGUACAAAAUUCUUGAACGAAAAGUAAAACCAAGAUAAGAAUUGAUAACACAGAGAAGUCCGCAGCCCAGAUGAGAGAAGGGAGUAAUAGGGAGAAAAGAGAGAGAAGAGUACACUGAUUCUAAGAGAGAUCUCGUUGAGUCAAGGUAAUUAUCGUAAUUUCUUCUCCUCAGAAAAAUUUGAUCACAUCUUCUGCUAAUUCUACUGAUCUGCUCAAGUUAACUAAUAAUUUUUUCUGUAAACUUUGAUCAGUUUCUCGAUCGGUUUGAUCCCCCAAUUCACAAUUGAAUCUAAUAUAACAAUGCCCAGUUAUUAUAAUGAGUAUGAGAAUUUCUGCAUUUAUAUUUUGGUUCAAAAUAUUGGAUUAUUAUAUGGUGUAUGAUGAAGAAUAGUAGCAAUUUUUUUUAAUUCUCCAUGUGUUUGAGGAGAAUUUUUGGAUUGUUAGGGUAUUCUAGGGUUUUGAGGUGAGAAUUGAAAUAAUGGUUGAAAUUGGGGAAGUAUUUGAACCUAGGGUUAGCAGAAACAGCUCAUUUGGGGAGAUUGAUGAUAGCUUAAUGCAAGUGGCUGCUUUAAGUGUUGGAGGGUCCAGGAAUUCGAGCCCGUUGGCGAGAUCUUGUUCGAGGAAUACAAGUCCUGUAGGGCGAACUGGGUCUAGGAAUACAAGUCCAUGUAGGCAGAAGGUUGUUAAAACGAAACCGCGGGGGUUGGAUGAAGAAACGGUGGCAACGUUUAGUAAAACAGUUCAUCCGGAUGUUCAGAUGGAGGAUAAUAUAUGGGCAAUGCUGCCUGAGGAUUUGCUGAAUGAGAUAUUGGCUAGGGUUCCUCCUUUUAUGAUCUUUCGGCUUCGUUCUGUUUGUAAGAGGUGGAACUUAAUUCUGCAGGAUAGUAGUUUUUUGAAGUUCCACUCACAAGUGCCGUCUCAUGGGCCUUGCCUUCUCACAUUUUGGAAGAACUCUCAAACCCCACAGUGCUCCAUUUUUAGCUUGCCCUUGAAAACGUGGUAUAGGAUUCCAUUUACGUACUUGCCUCCUUGGGCGUUUUGGUUGGUCGGCUCUUCUGGUGGUCUUGUUUGCUUUUCGGGAUUUGAUUGCUUGACUUUUAAAACCUUGGUGUGUAAUCCCCUGACACAAGCAUGGAGAACAUUGCCAAGCAUGAACUAUAAUCAGCAGAGGCAGUUAAUUAUGGUUGUUGAUCGCAAAGAAAGAUCUUUUAAAGUUAUAGCUACUAAUGAUAUUUAUGGCGACAAGUCAUUGCCAACUGAAGUGUAUGAUUCCAAGAUGAACAGCUGGUCGGUUCACCAAAUUAUGCCUGCAGUUAAUCUCUGUUCUUCCAAAAUGGCUUUUUGUGAUUCAAGGCUGUAUUUGGAAACACUUUCACCACUUGGUUUGAUGAUGUAUCGGCUCGACACAGGAUCUUGGGAGCACAUCCCAGCAAAAUUUCCUCGGUCAUUGUUGGAUGGGUAUCUGGUUGCUGGUACACAGAAGCGCCUAUUUCUUGUUGGAAGGAUAGGCCUUUAUAGCACUCUGCAAAGUAUGAGGAUUUGGGAAUUAGAUCAUUCUAAGACACAGUGGGUGGAGAUUAGUAGGAUGCCUCCCAAAUAUUUUCGAGCUUUACUGAGGCUAUCAGCAGAGAGGUUUGAGUGCUUUGGACAGGAUAAUUUGAUUUGCUUUACAUCUUGGAAUCAAGGGAAAGGCCUCCUUUAUGAUGUAGACAAAAAGGUGUGGUCUUGGAUUGCUGGCUGCGCUCUGCAAUCAUACAACAGCCAAGUAUGCUUCUACGAGCCACGGUUUGAUGCAUCCAUAUACUGACUUUGGAUAUGUUCCUUCUUUGUCGAACGUAUGGCGUUUCUUCUUGCAUUUUCAGUCUUCAAUCAUCUAAAUCCAUGUCCUUCAUGCCUCCUUGUAUUUUAUAUAUGUAUAACAUUUCAGUUUGCUCAAAUUCCUGUGUCCAAGAUGGGGCACGUUGUCUUCUUAAUGUUAGAAUUAAGUUGCUGCUUCAUGAUGAGAUCUUGAAAACACACAAUUCAUAGCUUCUGAACAAUUUUGCUUCCUGAUGAGUUCACUACAGCAGUGGUCUUUUUGUUCUAGAAUUAUAACAGUCCACUUUGUCUGGGAACAGUGAUUCAGUUCUGUUGUGACUUACGGGAUGUAGUGGGUCGGAGUUGGUGAGAUUUGUAACCGGACAAGUAAACAUGUAUGGGCAGGACUUUGAUACAACCUUUUUGUCUCUCCAACUGUUGUAUACUAAUAACAAUGUCAAGUAUUCAAAAUUUCCCAUGGAAGUCAGGGCUGGUCUGUGCUCCUCAAACUUUACUUGCUUGCCCCUAAAUGGAAGCCAACUUAAAGUUCUUUUCUUAUGCUGCUCAAAGUUUAUACAGUUAUUGACUUGAUCCGCACAUAUGCAUCUUAGUACCAGAAGUCUAGGUGUGCUGGAAUUCUAGAAUUGUUCAAUAUUGCAUUUUUCUGAAAAUCAUUUAUCUGGCCUCGGAAGGAAGAUAUAUUUUUUAAGCGUUGAGAUUGAUGUAGUAGCAUUGUAUAUUUUGCUUGUGCAUAUAUCUUGGUGGACCUUUUGGUAGGAAUUAUCCCGGAAAUAUGUUGUUGCUUUUCCUUUUUUGUUUGUUGAGCUGUAGGUGAUACCUUUUGAGAAGAAAUGGAUACUCGCAGUACAGCAAAAAUAAUGCUCCUGUCUUUGCUAGAAGCAGGGCUUUUAAUGCUGUUCAGUGGCUUUCUUUGCUGUUCUGUAGCGUACUGGCUGUAGGCGCGGCGUGCUAUGAUAGCAUCUGCAGCUUGGGUUGGGUGGAAGGAAUCCCAGAAGAGAUGCUGAUCUCUAUUUGCACAUGGUUGCUGCAAAGGAAGACAGUCAUAUAAGAUCUGAUUCUAGUUGAAGUAGUUUCUCACCAUAUGUAGAAGGGUUGCGGAUCAUGUCCACAGAGAGAUCAUAAGUAUUCUGAUAGACGAAGACGGAACCUGGAAGGCUAUUGCUGAGUGUAUUUGUCAUCUGAACCAGACGGCUGUUGAAUGGAGUGAUCAAAUUAUUGACGCUGUCUAUACAGUUGUUAUCACUUGACUUGGAUCUGAAAGCAGGGUAAGGGAGCCUGUCACUUGAAAGCAAAACCCUAAAAGCCGACUUCCAUCCCAGAACCCGUUCUGCAUUCCACAGCGAGCUGCUGAUUGUGUGACACCAGGUAAGGUGGCACACAUACGAGCUCCUUUACCUUUCCGUAGCUGGGAGCUUCUUCUUGGGAAGAAUAAUCGCCAUAAACAUGACAGGGAAAAAGCCUUGUCAGAGGCAUUUUGUGUGAUGGGAUUAUAUGGAUUCACUUUAGAGCACCUGCAGCUAUAUAUGUGGCGAAGUAGCAUUUCUUAGAAAAAGGUUGAUCAUCAGUCACUUGUGAAUUUAUAUAGAUCAGUCAAAUGAAGUGAGCCUAUGUGAUGCUUUUGAGCAUGAAAUUAUUAGAAACCAAAGAAAGAUUUUCACCUUUUCUCUGAUUUUUGUAUUUCAUAAUAUGGACGAGAAGCUGUAUAUCAGUAUAUGGAGGAGCCUUACUGUUAUCUGGGAAGUGAGUGUAUCCCUAAGGAGAUCAGCAAAGGCUUCCCCAUCGUAGAGACGGCUGCUGUCAUAUCUCUCUGGUUGAAGAUAGUUGUUGAGAUAGUCAUUGCCUCCAAUGUCGAUUAGAAAGACUGAUUUUGUCAGGUAUUGGGUCAGCUCAUCCUGGUUUUGGAAAAGCAGGGGUAAUUUCAGUGUAAGUGUCUCCUGAAACUGGGAUAUCUGCCCACUCAAGGUUGUCCGCUGCCCCUGAGAAGAGACUAGUGUCAAAUGCUACUCAGUUUCACUAUUAUUAAUAAAGGAUAUUCUUUCCGAAUGACGCUAGUGAGAAGUAUGGUGGUAUGAACGGCAAUCCCAGAUACCUUGCUAUUUUGAGCACCAGUAAGAAACUAAGUUAGCAUAAAGAGCAAAAAGAUUAAAAGAGUAGGGUGUGAAUUCCAAGUUACCUCCAUAAUCUACAACAGUGAGGCCAUUGCUGAACCGCCCUGUUGGACCUCCAGAAUCUAUCCCAUACGGGAAGUAAUUGGCCUUUGCUGCUGUGAAUAGGUAGUUAUUGUUUCCAUUGUCUAUCAGGGAAUCACCAAAGAUGAACAGCGCUGGGGUGAUUGGUUCAGUUGCAGCACCGUCUUGAGCAUUAGCAACCAAUGUAAACUCGGGUAAUAACAAGCAGAUACAUGUGGCAGCAAAGAUUACUCUUAACCUCUCCAUUUCUUUCUGUAUCUCUCUCUCUCUCUCUCUCUCUCUCUUUGAAUCUGUGUUGGUUUCAGUUUGCAGAGUACUGACCUAGCUCGACUGCAUGACUUAUAAUUGCACCAAAGAGUUACCAAGUGUGUGCAGCUCCGUAUUCUGACUACAAUCCAGGCAAGAGUUUUUGGUCCACAUUCUUUUUUCACUUAUUGCAUCAGAAAUUUUAUAGUUGGAAGGCAUUCAAUUUUGCUGUAAUCACUGUAGUUUAGGAGACAGUAGUAGCAAUGCACUCAUAUAAUGGGUCAUGGCAUUUGCAGAAGUUAUCAGGAUACGAUAGAACCAGAGUAAAUGCACAUAAUCCCUUUGUUUCCAGUUGUGUUAUGCAGAUGUCCCUGUUUUCUCUUGCAGUGUAUUCCCAGCUAAAUUAUGCAGCUUUUAGUUCUUUGUCUGAGAAUAUUUCUUUUUCAAUUUUCUUUUUCGUGCGCAUUGUUUUUUUUAACUGCGUUGUAAUUCUUGUUAGUUGAUAUGGGGAAGAGAGCUCACAGAACCUCCCAGAUUAGAAGCCCAGAGUACUAGCACAGAUGAUUUUGCUAAGUUAGCCUUGAUAUUUGUAUGUUGCAGUUGGCUCCAGAAAAUUUGGGGGCACAGUUAGCUCUAAUUUUCAAAAGAAAAAAAAGUGAAAGAAAGAGGAAAAGCUCCCAUGACCCGUAUUCGCUCCUACAAUUAAGUUUUUCUUAAUAGUAGCUUGAACUAAACUUUGCUGUUGUGUAAGACUGUCUUAUGAUUAACAUAAUAAUAUUACCUAUUUUUCCGUUAAA